AUGAAAGUUUACAUUAUUGUAAUUUUGUUGAGUAGUAUUUCUGGAUUGUAUGCAUUUGGUAUAUCGUCUUUUAUAAAUGACAGUUAUGAUUACGUAUUCGGCAGUCAUAAAAGCACAACUAGCCAUCGACUGAAGAGUCGUGCUGAUGGUGCAACAACCUGCGAUAAUUCUCUUGCCUCUACAAUGGCAAGUUAUGGCCAAGAUAUCCUGGGUCCUCUUGCUGUUCGAGGAACUUUAUCGGGUAGUCAUUACACAAUUAAUGCGAACGGUGCUGUAAAUUGCAGUGAUAUUGAGCACAGUUUUGACGGCUAUGGUCUUGUCGUGGGAGGUUCUUAUGAUGGCACUGAUGACCGUGUCAAUGGCGCUAUAUUCCUUCCAUACGGAACUGAUACUUCGAAAAUCCAUGAGUUAAUUUCUGAUUGUCCAAUAGUUACAGAUAGAGGUCCUGGUCUAUUUGAUUUUGAAAAAGCCUACAUUAAUUCCGUCUAUGCCUCCCAAACUUUUUCAGCCUUAGAACCUAAUCUUAAGCUAGAUGAAAACGAUAAUCUUGUUAGUUUAGGUCCUAAAAUAGGAUAUUUUAAUGUCAUGACUCUAAAUACCUGCAACAACUUCAACUGUAAUCUGUAUCCUGGGAGGUUGUCUUAUUCAAGUCAUAUGAUCAAUGGUGUAGGUAACUGGAACGGUCCUAGAGGAUUGUCUUUCCCAGAUAAUUUGGUCAUUAAUAUACCCAUCUCCGUCGGCACAACUUUUACUAUAGCUGGAAAUCAUCCAAGUUUGGGAAUUCAUGUUUGCAGCACAAUUUACAAUUUUUACCCUUCAGAUGCGAAUGGCGUUUACACACCUGGAAGAAUAUACAUCAGUCGUAAUACUGGAGGCCAAUUAGGAGGUUUCACCCUGGCGCCUGACGCUAACAUCGAAGAGGCUGGUACCGGAAAUUUUGCUGGAUUAGUUGUAGCUAAUGACUAUGAAUGGAAGCAAGGAACUUGUGGUGUAGAACUUCAUGAUUAUGCUGCCUUAGGUGGGAAGUGCUCUGGAUUCACAGGGUGUUUUCCCAUAUUUAAUGAUAGUGAACCUCUUUUCCCAGAAUUAGUAGAAAAACCCUUUGAAACGUCGCUUUUGACUUUUAGUACAAUCUUCAGCGAGCCGACUACAAGUAUUCUGACAACGUAUAGCACUUUAACCGAAGAUACGAACCCAAGCAACACAGUUACGUAUAGCACCAUAACUGAAGACCUUAGUAGUACCAUUACAGAAACUCCCAGUGAUACUGUAUUGUACAGCACAACCACGGAUGAUACUAGCGAUACAACGAUACAUCAUUGUAUGAUGGCCGAAAGCUUAAGCGACACAAUCACAUACGGUGUAAUCACCGAAGAUCCUAGUAAUACAAUCAUUAAUAGCACGAUAACUGAUAUUCCUACCACUACUCUCACGUAUGAUACUAUCAUAGUUAUAACAAGCUCGUCCGUUCUAGUAACUAUAACUCUCGAACCCGAGGUUACCCUAAGCAGUGUAUCAUCCACAACAGUCAGUAGCUCUAAUAGUUCUGUGCAAUCUUCAAGCGUUUAUGUGCCCACCAGUUCUACUAAAUCAACUUCCAAAAUCACUACCCAGUAUGAAACGGAGUAUACCGACUACGAUGAUUAUACAACAUACAAUUGGCACAAUAAACAUAAAAAAGGCAAAUAUGUCAAAAGCAGUAAGCAUAAGGGCCAUAAGCUCGAUGCUGAUGAAGACUACGAUGAUGAAGAAGACUACGAUGAUGAAGAAGACUGCGAUGAUGAAGAGGAAUAGAUUUAUGAUUAUUAUUAUUAGUUUUUUGCACUCCAACCAUUACAUUUAACCCCUAUUAUUAUU